ACUCACUUGUUUUGUGGAUGCACGCAUGUCUCAUGCGUUUGCACUGAAACCUCACAUCGCUCUUUCUUUUCCCAGUUUGAGUUGAGUGGAAGCGCCUGUGUGGUAGUGUGCCUUGUGUGUGUCAUAGCUGCCACCCACGCGCGUCUUAAGUGUCAGCCACAGAGAGGGAGAGUGGAGGGGAGUGAAAGGCCGCUUGGAUGCGUGGGACAUCCCCUUCACUUUGUAUUUGUUCAGAUGUAGACGCUGCGCUUCCAGUCUGUUUUGCGGCUGCGGAGGGGAGAGAGGAUGGCGCACGCGGCCAGAGCGCAUGUUACCUGGAUGUCCGCAGUGAUCAUUGUAGCUGUUACAGUCUCCUGUGUAACUUGGCUCAUCGUGUCCAGAGAGACAAGAGUAAUAAUCCUCAACGGUACAUCAGUGGCAGAUAUGUUCAGAUUUCCAGCUUCAAGAGCCUAUUGUCUUUGUAAAGUGAUCAACAACACUGAAAAAGACGAAUACCUGAGGUGGAAAAAGAUGUGGUGUGACAACAUUUCCCUAAAUGAAAGCAACAACAUAUGGAUGACUGUGCAGGAGACAGGUGUUUAUAUGGUCUACGUGCAGCUGACAUACGGUCUGAAAACCAGCUCUAGAGUAGACCUUAGUAUGAUUUUGGAGUUCAGUUAUGCUGAGGGAACAGAAGAAUUCACUGGUGCCUUUGACACACGGCAGCCCACGGAGAAUGAGCAAGACGCCCAUCUGUCAAAAUUCUUCCUUCUUAAAAUGAAGGCUGGGAACAGACUCUCCAUAAAAGCGUAUCCAAAGGACAUGAUAAAGUACGACGAUCAUCAUCCAUUCACCAGUUUCGUCACCAUCGUCCGGUAUGCUGACUGGUCAGGCUGAGUGGGGAGAAGCUAUCAACUUCACACAAAGUUCAUAAAUAUGCUCAUAUGUUUGUCAGCUAUUUUCCUUCUUGCUACUUAUGUCACAAAGACGUUCUUCUGUGAUGAUGACCAAUGGCAUCAAAGGCAUCCACAAAGUAAAAAUUAAGAAAUAUUAAACCGCCAGAAGAAAUUCGACAACUCGAUAAAUUCAGGAGGGUUGCGUAUGGAGGUGCAAUAUUUAUCUCAGUAAUUUUGUCUUUGUUUUGUUUUUUCCCCCCUCCCCCUUUGUUGCACUAUGUUCCCAACUCAUGAUUUUCUGAGAAGCAUGACACAUUUUCCGCCCAUUAGAGACAAAAGUGAUUUUCACUUUGUUUCGGGUGCGUUAUGACUCAGUUGAGAAACAGCAUCAUGCCUGUUUCCUCAUUUCUCGGUUUGACGAAAUGAGCACACAGAUGUUCAUGUCACUUCCACUAGCUGCUGCAAGUGACGCUUUAUUAUGUUUGCGAAGCGAGGGACAGGGUUUUUUUCUGGAUGGGAUUUCUCUGAACCUGCUCUUCCGAUUAUUUUGAAAACUUGUAGGUAUGAAUAGCAUAAUGUGAUGUUUUAAAACCUUUGCUUAGAGGAGCAUCAUCUCGUUUUAAUACCAACAAUCAGGAGAAAUCCUCAGUAACAACAAUAUGGAUAGUUCAGCAAUAUUUGAUAACCACAAUGACCUAAUCCUCGUUGCCUUUUUUUGUAUUAUUGUCUUGUUUUAUUUUGCUUUAUUUAUUUCCCACCAUCCGCAGAACAUCUUAAUUAUUAUUAUAUAAAUGAUCAAGCAAGCAAGUUCAAGUAUUAUUUUUAUCCUAAUGUUUUUUUCUAUGUUUAGGGAUAAUUUAGAUGCAUCCAUUUUACCUUAAACACUUCUAAAUGUAGAAAACUUAACACAGAGUUGAAAUAUCAGUAAUGCUCUUCAUUUUCCUGCUAAUCAGUAUUUUUGAUAAUGAUUUAUAAAUAUGAAAGAAAGUGAGGUAUGUCAUAUCAUAGCACACUAAUUUAACAGCCAUAAAGCUGAAAUCUGUUGCAUUGUAAUAAUCAAUAUUAAGAUAUUUUGGCACUUCGUGUGGUGUUUUUUUUUCCAGGUUUUUCGGAAUAGUCUCCAAGUUAAGCUUAACCUUCUUGAUCUUCUGAUUUAACGAGUUCUUUAUGUUGUAUUUACAAGAAUAGUUACAUGACACACAAUACCAUUUUCCUUGUUUCAGGUAUGUUAUGAGUCAGCUGAAGAAAAAAAAAAAAACAUUCCACCUCUGUAAGGUCAGAUACAUUGAGGGCUGCUGAUAAGAAUUCUCAAAAUUAAUUGUUCUGUGUUUUUAUUUCUUUCUUAUUUCUUGUAGUAAGGCUCUGUUGGAAGUGAAAGGCUCUGUAAAAAUGACAUUAUUAUUAUUAUUAUUAUUAUUAUUAUUAUUAUUAUUAUUAUUACUAUUAUUAUUUCCUCAGAAUUGACAUUUGAGCAACUACUCUUCAGACGGACGUAUUUGAUUGUAUAUCAAUAGUUUUUUAUUGUUAGACUGAAUGUUACACUCAUGUUGAAAGAUUGAAAUGGACUACUGCCUUUGUUCUCAAACAGCUCAGUAAUAUUGUAUUUAUCUACUGCAUUUGCGUAUAUUUGUAAUUAUUUGUUAUUUAAAGCGAUAAAUUCUUUUCAUAAUUGCAUCUGAA